CCAUCACUUUCUCUAUUGCAAUUCUGACAAAUGACAAUCAAUCUUUCCAAGAAAAAAUAAUGGAAAGAUAGUGACAAUUAAGCAGCUAAUCACACCCUUUAACCCCAAAUCCCCAACUAAAAUAUUCAGGUAAAAACACACCUUUGAUGAUCUAUCUACUUCAUAUCGCCUGGUUUUUGCCCCCUAUUUCUGCUACAUCUUCUACCUUCAUUUCCCACUUGCUAGAUUCUCCAAAUCUUCGAAUUCUCCGAUCCAAUCUCAAUCAUCCGUAUGUGGGUUGGUGAAUGUUGUGCAAUUUGGCGAUUCUUGAAACAAUGAAGAGAAAUAAGAGAGGUAUGAUUUACUUAAAGUCGAUUUGUUACAAGAUAUGACCGCCAUUAGAGCUUCUUCCGCUCCAGAUCUGUGUGAAUUCAUCGUUGACUAAAAGGGAAACAGAGGGUUAACGGUUAAUGAUGAAGGCGUCAGUGCGUCCGAUAUUCAGCGCUGUGUUUCUCGUUGCCGCCGCCGCCACUCUCUGCUUUCGAAUCAUGGUUUCCGGCGGCGUUGGUGGCGGGGAGUUCCUUUCCUGGAACUACGUCGGGGAAGCUCAGAAGCUUACACCGGUCUUUAAUGAGACAUUGUUAAGGUUCGCUACGAUUGACCUAGCUGAAGAUUCAUUGAGACAAGAUGUCGAACAGUUGGUGGACGGUAAUUUCCGAAACAUGGAUGGUAGUCGCCAACGUUCGUUUCUCUGGUCAGGUCGCCACCGUAUCGAUAUUCGAGCUAGGUCUGCAAGGGGUGUCCCUGUACUUCUCCGUUCACCGGAGUUCUACAGGCUCUGGUUGGAUUUCCGGCGAUAUUUGCAAACCUGGUGGCGCAACCGCCGCUUCCAGUCUGAUGUAAUGUCAGAUAUGGUAAAUACAGUAAAGAUUCUCAACACCGGUGUAAAUGCAACUGCUCGGAAGUCAGGAUUGAAGUACAAAACUUGUGCUGUAGUGGGUAACAGUGGGAUCUUGCUGAAAUCCGAUCUUGGGAGCUUAAUCGAUAGUCAUGAUUUUGUCAUCCGAUUAAACAACGCAAGAACAGGUGGAUUCGAACCCAAUGUAGGUUCCAAAACAAGUCUUUCAUUCGUCAACAGCAACAUCCUGCAUUUAUGUGCUCGAAGAGAAGGUUGUUUUUGUCACCCAUAUGGAGAAAAAGUCCCGAUCAUGAUGUACAUGUGUCAGAUGAUCCAUUUUCUUGAUUACGUUGUCUGCAACUCCUCCCACAAAUCGCCAUUAAUGAUCACAGACCCACGAUUUGACAUCUUAUGUGCAAGAAUCGUGAAGUAUUAUUCAGCUUCAAGGUUUGUGAAAGAAACAAGGAAGCCAUUAGCGACAUGGGCUGAUUCCCAUGAUGGAUCUAACUUCCAUUAUUCUUCAGGUAUGCAAGCUGUUAUGUUAGCUGUAGGGAUCUGUGAAAAAGUUAGUAUUUUUGGAUUUGGGAAAUCUGAAUCGGCUAAGCAUCAUUAUCAUACUAAUCAAAAAGGGGAGCUUCAUCUGCAUGAUUAUGAAGCUGAAUAUGAUUUGUAUCAGGAUCUUGUUGAGAGACCUAAGGCGAUUCCUUUUGUUUCAGAUAAGUUCAUGUUUCCUACUGUUGUUAUACAUAGAUAGAUGACACGUUUCUAUACACAUGUUAAGAUUGAAUUUUUCUUUUUUGUGAAAUUGUUGAUGUAAGUGUCCCUUAAGGAAUCAUUGAUACUAGAAAUAGAAUGUUAAUGGAAAAAUAUAAGAUGAAAAGUAA